UGUUUUCUCGUUGUGUGAAUGUCUGACACUUUGUGAAGACACACCUCUCGAGACUGAGAGUGAAAUAGGCUUCUGGUAUUUCAACUUCUUUAAAUUGCUCCCAAUUCUAUCUCAGUAACACUCGGUGCUCUGCAGAGAUUCGUCCAUUCCGAGCAGAGAAGAGAAGGAGAAGGAGAAGGAGAAGGAGAAGGAGAAGGAGAAGGCACAGGCUCUGAAAACACAAGUCAGACAUGGAGUACAUAAGAGCUGGAACUAAAGUUUAGAGACAACGACAGAGGGAGAUCACAGGGACCUGAUGGCCAGCUCCAGUUACUGGUCUGCACUUGCUUGUCUGACUGUUACCUGCUCUGUAUAUUUUGCUGCCUCUGACAUUUCCUGUUACAAUGAUGAUGGGCAGCCAGUUGACUGGUUCAUUGUUUACAAGUUACCCAAACAUGUCAGUAAAACAGGUUUACAAUACAAGUACAUGGACUCCUCGAGCAAUGGCUGGAGAACUGGAAAUCGCUUGAUUAAUGACACGGACCGAGCUGUGGGAGGGACUCUACAGCAGCUCUAUGAGAAAUCUAAACUGCAGAGGGACCAAGUGGCAUAUGUCCUCUACAAUGACCAGGUCAAUACCACCCUGUCCAGUUAUGGCGGACAUACAAAAGGAGUUGUCCUUUUGGAUGACAUACAAGGCUUCUGGUUGGUUCACAGCACUCCGUUCUUCCCACCCAGAACUGACCAAUCCUACAAGUGGCCACACAGUGGAAUGAAAAACGGGCAGUCUUUCUUGUGUGUUACCUACCGAUAUGACCAGUUUAAGGACAUUGGUACACAGUUAUUGUACAACAACCCUCAUGUCUACGAUCAUUCGAUCCCGCCCUCUUUCGCCAAAGACCUGGUCAACCUCAACAAGGCAGCAACUGGCAAAAAGCUGGAGAGGCCCCCCUGGCAGAGUAAGGUCGUUCUCUCGUCGGCAGCUGGGAAACUCUUCACCAGUUUUGCAAAGAGCAGAAAAUUUGGAGAUGAUUUAUACUCUGGCUGGGUGGCAGGCUCCUUUCAGAGUGAUCUGUUGGUUCAGACCUGGCCAAACUCCGCACACACUCUCCCAUCCAACUGCACCAUGACGUACUCGGUGUACAAUGUGAAGGUCAUUACAUUCACCACAUACACUAGCUUCGAAAGCAGCAUGGAUCAUUCCAAAUGGUGUGUGACAAGGCCAGGCUCAGGUGUGAAGUGGACCUGCAUUGGCGAUAUCAACAGAGACCGGGCGCAGGAGCACAGAGGUGGUGGAACUGUCUGCACUGAUGAUCCAGUCGUCUGGGAUUCUUUCUCGAGCCUGGUUACAUCCUGUGAGUUCUGUGUGUGCUCUUGCAAUGAGAAGGAAAGCAGGGGCAUGCGGGCUGGGGCUCAGACUGUGGUUUGAGAGUAAAUACACAAUUGUUCGUUUUUACUUUGCUUUUGCAAAUCUGAGUUUACGAAACUGUUUGUAGAUCAGUCCAUAGAGAGAAUUUGCUGGCAUCCCACCCGGCCAGCUUCAGAUCCAGGCCUUGUCCAAGAUCUCCCACAAGCAGGCAAUUAUUUCUCAAUCUUUCUUUCAGUUCCAUGUCUCGAAUGUAAUACAAAUCAAGCUCUGUCCUACACUCUGCAGUGGCUGAAAGGAUCCUGUGGCUACUAUUUUAACGGAGAGAUGGGAGAUCACCCCCAGUGCCCUGGCCAAUAUUUAUCCCUUGAUCAAGCUGAACCAGAUUAUCCAAUCAUUGCUGGUUGUAAGAGCUUGCUGAGCACAAAUUGGCUGCCAGGUUUCCCAUAUUACAACAUUAUAACAUUUUAAGGUCACGUGGCAUGUUCUAGAAAUGCAAGACGUCUCUCUCAUUACCUGGUUCCGGUUAGUAUUCCCCUGUUUCCUUUUCCUAACUUUUGAGCUUUGAAGUGAAACACACACAUUUGGCUAAAGGAUUGCACAGGCUCACAUCACCCAGCUACAUGAGUGUCCAGAGGGGAUACUGAUCCAAUCAAACUUGGAACGAAUUCUGCUCUUACCAACCAGUAUCUUCCUCCACUAAAAAUGUGACACCAUGAAGCCCCACAGCCCCCAACCCUUCAUGUCUGCACACUCGCAGACGUAGAAACAUAAAAAGAAUUGCAGAGCAGAGCACCCAAGUCACUCAGCAGCAAGUUCUAGUGUACCUCUCUCUUGUUUGUCCUUGCUUUGCAUUGAGAUUGCUGGCUUUUCUGUUACCGUGCAUACUGAUACUGGAAACUCUACAACAAUUAACGUUCUUUCAUAUCCCCAAAGCCUGUCUACCAUCUACAAGGCACAAGUCAGGAGUGUUUUGGAAUACUCCCCACUUGCCUGGAUAGAUGCAGCUCUGACAACACUCAAGAAGCUUGACACCAUCCAUGACAAAACAGUAUGUUUGAUUGGCACCGCAUCCACUCCCACCAUCCUGACGCUCAGUAGCAGCAGUGUGUACUAUCUACAAGAUGCACUGCAGAAAUUCACCAAAGAUCCUCAGACAGCUCCUUCCAAACCUGUGACCUGUACAACCUAGAAGGGCAAGGGUAGCAGAUAUGUGGGAUCACCACCCCCUGCAAGUUCCCCUUCAAGCCACUCGCCAUCCUGACUUGGAAAUAUAUCACCUUUUCUUCACUGUCGCUGGGUCAAAAUCCUGGAUCUACCCGACCAAGGGCAUUGUGGGGCUACCUACAGCACAUGGACUGCAGCGGUUCAAGAAGGCAGUUCACCCCCACCUUCUCCACAGGAGUUAGGCAGGUGCAAUAAAUACUGGCCUAGCCAAUGAGGCUCACAUUCCAUUAAAUAAUUUUUAAAAGUAAAUUUAUUGGAUGUUCUUAUCUACAUGCAGGCUACAGUAAACUGUUUAAAUUAUAGCAUUGGCUCUCCUGAAUCAUCAAUAAAUUAAACGCUGACUUUGUUACAUAACAGAAUAAAUCCUUUUUAACCUGA